AUGGCAGGAUCCUUAACCUCGCCAUCCACACCCUGGUGCACGGUCUUCUUAGUAGUUGCCACUGUCGUGUUCAACGCAAUUGUACUGGUCGGCAACAAGUGGACAGCGGAUGCCCUUCGGGAAGUUGGGCACUCUACCCGAGGCUGGUCACAUGUUGGAAUGGGCAUUGCAACAGCACUUCAGACGGAGAUCGAUAUCAAGAUGAACAACGUCUCCUCGAUGUUGUUGGGCAGUCUGGAGCACGUGGUGGAUGCCCAGGGCCAGCUGGACAUCGUCCUCUCCAUGGUUGGCAACGAAACAGAUGCGGCUAUCGCCAAGCACCCAGAGCUCUUGCUGCUGCAGCAGCAUGGUCCAGAACGUGGCUUGGUCCUUUUGCAAGAGGUUCAUGGGAAGAAUGCGUCUCAUGUGGAGGCGCUGGUGCCAAUCAUCAUUGACGCGAUACAUCAGGUGAUGAGUCUGGUUAUGGAAGAAGUGGAAGCAGGAUUGCACACGCUGCUGGAGAAGAUCAAGCCCGCUCUGGAGCAAGUUGGAAAAUGGAUUCUUCAGUUCGGAGACAAGGUCACCAAAGGCCUGGAAGAUUUCAGCUCGACGCUGGACAAGGCCCAGAAGAUGUUUGAUCAAGUCAUGGCGCAGAUGAAGGGCGGAGGAAACAACUCGGAUUUGAUGAUCCAGCAGACCUGGCCCAUCUUUGACGAUGAUGACUCCGGCGAAGUAUCUGCGACGGAGCUCAAAAAUGUGGGCGACUGGUUCUCCAUCUCGGCUCUCCAAGGCCACAAGGCAGAAGCACUCAUCAAGAAGUAUGAUGUGUCCGGUGACGGGGAGAUUGGCCCCCGGGAGUUUACACAAUUGGUGAAUGAUCCCAGCAUUCCUGGCUCCUUGUCCGUGAUCCUCAGGAAGUAUGCCAAACGGUUGGCAGAGAUUGCGGGUGAUGUUGGUGAAGCUCGCCUGAGAGAUGAUGUCGCACGCAGUGUCGCAAAUUAUGUCAAGCUGGUUUGUGCAAAGAACAUGACCAAAGUUGAUUGGAUUGCAGACCGGUUGGGAAAUGGCAGCAUCCCGAUGGACUUCACUGGGACGGUUUUUGUCGAGAUGUGCCUCUCCAGCAAGGAUCCCAAUGCUGCAGUGUUCACCAGCGCUGACACGGGCCUCCUGCUGACAACAGAAGUCUACAAACUUCACCCUGAGGCCAUGCUCACGACCAUUGACCUCAUGGGCAACUCAUCAUGGUGGCAGUCACAAGGCUAUGACCUGAAGGACCAGCCAGCUUGCAUCAAGAUGGCCACCGCCUGGAUCACUCAGGUGCAAAAAAUGGCAAUGACGCAACAUGACGGCGUCGGCCUGCUAUCCUUAAUUGAGGGCGACAGCACGCUUCAACAGGAGCUUGAGCUUCUGGAAGCGAUGCCGGAAGCAGCGUUCGUCAUGGCAGAGGAGAGUGCCAGGCUCUACCGCUUGGAACGCUUGCAGGAGCGCCAGCGCCGCCGGAGUCAACUUUUCUCUUCCGCCACAUCGCAACUUCUCCUCAAGCGACUCCUGGGAGGAGUGUCAGUAUCAGAUGUUGGAAACCAGGACAAGGCGAGCUCGGCUCUGCGAGGAGGUGUGCCAGCAGUUCCCGAGACACUGGAAUUUGCUGCUUUCUUGCGCGCCAAUGCAUCAGAUCGGGCAAAGGAGUUACAGCACUACUCCUUCGACUAUGCAUCUGAGUCAAGCAAUUCCAUUGACGAUUUCGCAUCCAAGAUCCAAGCCAUGGUGAAGAAGGUGGAGAGCUUUAUUCAACUCAUGGAGAAGUAUGCCACCCCGAAGGGAAUCAACGACCUGGAGGCCAAAGUGGAAAGUUUUGUGGACAAGGCCGUAGAGGAUGUGCGCAAGACGGUGGAAUCCAAGUUGGUGGGCCUCAUCAACAAGUCUGCGCCUCAGCUCGAGACGGCGAUCCAUUCGGCUGCGCACAACGCCGGCAAACGCCUGGGCGAGAUGAUCGGAAGCGUGAUUUCGAACCCCUUGGCACAGUCGCUGGAGAAGCCUCUCGAGGAUAUUCUGGCUGGAGCUGUUGGAAGCAACGCCACAGCAUCGAAGAUCGGGCAGUACAUGAGCAAUGCCCUGGGGGGUGAGAUCGGCAAUCUCACUGCGUCUACUCUUGGCGACAAGCUAGGUGACGCGUUGGAGGGACUCCUCGACAAAGCGCUGGACAAAGCCUCGGAUUUGGCAGGCCAAGGUCUGGAUACCCUCAACGGCAAGCUCAACAACAAGGUGAGCCUGCUGGCCGUGGAUGCGGAGAUUGAUCGACUCUUCAGCCAGCCAAAGAAGCCUUUGAUGCUUUAUCAGGAGGUAUCGCAAGAAGAGGGAGUGAGCGACACGAUCUCUGAAGCGUGGCAAGGUAUGGUGAAUUUGCUGCGGACAUUUUCAAACCUUCUCCCCACUGCUGUCAGCACAUUGAAAGAUGCCAGAAGCGAGGUGUCCAAGCUCAGCUCCAACCUCGACUCCAUCUUCUCAGUCUUCGAGGAGAAGGGCCCGCAGAUCUUCAACAAGGUAGCAGAGCUCUGGGUGAUGAUCUGGGUCAUCUACUUUGUGUUCAUUCUUCCCUUCUGUCUCUUUACGCUCUACUACGGCUUUUGGGCCAAUGGGUGGUUCGGCGGCCCGAAGCCGAUCUCCCCAGAAGAGCCUCAGGAGAACCCGACCUUCUUGCAGCGCUUGUCCUUGUUGGGUUCCAAAUGCUGCAAUUGCUGCAGCAAUUUCCAUGAUACAGAUCUCUGCUUUUGGUCCAUCAUCAUUUUCAUGCAAGUCAUUGUGCUGGUGACGUUCCUGAUUGCGGUGGUGAUGGCAAUUUUUGCUGGCGUCAAAGCGAUGAUCGUGGCAGGAUGUGGCCAGGUCUACGUUUUGGAGGAUACGGAUGUGUGUGAGAGCGCUCUCACCACUCUCAGGACUUUCCUCACCAAGCUAAACGUUGGCAACAGCACCAUCUACAGUGACGAGGACAUUCAUGGCGUUUGCGAUGAAAACCUCCUCCUCACCUGCGAGAUGGUAACAGCAAAGUUCACCAAGUCGACCAUUGCCACUACCGUUUUUAGCUUCUUGGCAUCGAUCUUCUCCCUGCAGAUGCUCUUUGAUGCAGCAACGCUGCACGAACAGGCAGUCUGGCGACGUAAGGCCGCUGCUGCCAAGGAAGGCAAACAAGAGUGA